AGAGGAAACAGGAACACACGGGUCGGCUCGUAACCCAGAAACCAACGGCCGUAAACCGCGAGAGGGGAACGGAAAUGAACCGGGACCGUGACGGGGGGACUCGGCGCUUUUAAAUCCGGGGGUUGGAGCUCCGACGGCCGGCGAAGAGAGACGCCGACUGGCGGGGCGUCAGUUUGUGGUAGAAGAAGACGCGGAGAGGGAGACACGUGGAAAGAUGGAGACCCAGCUUCUCUAAGUUCAACAAAGCUGGACUUUGGGGCGGGACGCCAUGACGCUCCUCAACCUGUCGGCCAACCGGCGCAUCGCCGCCGGCCUGCUGGUCAACCUGCUGUCCUCCAUCUGCAUCGUCUUCAUCAACAAGUGGAUCUACGUCCGCUACGGCUUCCCCAACAUGGCGCUGACCCUCGUUCACUUCGGGGUCACCUGGCUGGGCCUCUACGUCUGCCAGAAGAUGGACAUCUUCGCCCCUAAGAGCCUCCCGGUUCGCCGGAUCGUGUGGCUGGCGCUGAGCUUCUGCGGGUUCGUGGCCUUCACCAACCUUUCGCUGCAGAACAACUCCAUAGGCACGUACCAGCUGGCCAAGGCCAUGACCACGCCCGUCAUCAUCCUCAUCCAGACCGCCUACUACAAGAAGACCUUCUCCACCAAGAUUAAGCUCACGCUGGUGCCAAUCACGUUGGGGGUGCUGUUGAACUCGUACUUCGACGUGAGGUUCAACCUGCUGGGCACCGUGUUCGCGUCGCUGGGGGUUCUGGUGACGUCGCUUUACCAAGUGUGGGUGGGGGCUAAACAACAUGAGCUCCAGGUGAACUCUAUGCAGCUGCUGUACUACCAGGCUCCUCUGUCCUCGGGCUUCCUGCUCUGUGUGGUUCCUCUGUUUGAGCCGCUGACUGGAGACCAUGGAAUCUUUGGACCCUGGUCUCUUCCUGCUCUGAUGACGGUGCUGUUCUCGGGCGUGGUGGCGUUCCUGGUCAACCUGUCCAUCUACUGGAUCAUUGGAAACACCUCGGCUGUCACCUACAACAUGUUCGGUCAUUUCAAGUUCUGCAUCACUCUGGUGGGAGGAUACCUGCUCUUCCACGACCCGCUGUCCCUCAACCAGGCCCUGGGGAUCCUCUGCACUCUGGCCGGCAUCCUGUCGUACACUCACUUCAAGCUGGCCGAGCAGGAGGAGGGGAAGAGCCGCCUGGCUCAAAGACCAUAGGCCGAUUCGCCUGUCAAUCAACUGCACAGACUCCGGCCAUUGGCCGCCGACUGCAGAGACCUCUUUAUAUGUAUUUUUUUAAUCUUAUGAGUAUUUUUUUUCUGGAGAUUUUUUUUUUUUUUCAUUGCGUUCUCCGGACAUUUUAACAUUUCAUCUCAUCUUUGCUCAACGACACUGAUGUUUAUGUCUUUUGAGGGCGAAUCAGACACGGCCAUCUUUGUUUUUAACCAUUUUUAUUCCCACAAAAACUCACUUUUUUUAACGAAGACAAAAAGACACCUGAAAACCAAUCGAACAGUAUUUCCCACAAAUGUUUAAUAAACACUUUUGAGCCAAAGUACAAAAAUCACAUUUACAAUCAAAAGCUGACUGCUGUAUUGUUGUUGUUGUUGUUGUUGUUUACUUCCCCCAGACCUUUUCUUCUUUGGGACAUUUAUUUUAAUAAAGAUUUAUAAAAGAUAGAGAGAAAAAAGUCCCACGAGCCGAGAAGAUUUCACAAUGUUUCAUACAUUUAUUUUUUUUAAAUUAACUUCUUUUCUCUUUAAGUGUCAGAAAAUAAAUUCACUCAACAUGGGAAUUUAUUUUGUUGCUUUUAAUGUAAAUAAAGUGUUGGAAUACAUUUUUUUAAAAAGCAUCAAAAUAGACUUGCGUUUGUUUUAAAUGUCAUCGAAAGAUGAUUUAUGGUUCUUUUUGAUGUUUAUUCGUCACAGUUCACCAAAGAAAAUUUUUUCUUUCAACUGGACUCAUGUUUCAGAUGUUGGUGAGAACUUCAUCCUGAUGAACCACAGAAACCAGCAACGUUGCUUCACAACCUUUUCACCGAUUUAAUUGUGUGUUUUUUUUCUUCUUUUUCUAGAUUUAAACUCGUUUAAAUUCAACAGUAUUUCACUUUUAUAGUUUGGUUUCAUUCAGUGUUCCUUUUUAAUUUAUGCUUUUCUUUUAUUUGUAGCAGUUUUUUGUCACAAAGUUACAUUUUGAUUUCUCACUGCUGAAUAAAAACUGAUUUAAUGACUUUA